UCUGAGCCAGCCCCCUGUCCGACGUGUCUUCUUCUGUCCGUUCCUCUGCUGAAGUGUGAUCACAUGAGUGUACUUCACACUGCGAUGAUGGAGAAGUACAAGCUGUUUCUCGUUUUCUUCAUUCUGGCCUUAGCAGUCGGGUUUGUGUCGAUUGCAUUCGUUUUAACGUGGGUUUUGCAUUAUCGAGAGGGACUCGGAUGGGACGGAGAAGCGGCGGAGUUCAACUGGCACCCGUUACUGAUGGUGAUCGGCUUGAUUUUUCUUCAGGGAAUCGCAAUUGUGGUGUACAGGCUGCCAUGGACUUGGAAGUGCAGUAAGCAGAUGAUGAAGUUCAUCCACGCAGGGCUGAAUAUUCUCGCCUUCAUCCUGGCGGUCAUUUCUGUGGUGGCUGUGUUUGAUUUUCACAAUGCAAAGAAUAUUCCCAACAUGUACAGCCUGCACAGCUGGGUGGGUCUGGCUGUUGUCAUACUCUACCCAGUACAGAUAGUUAUGGGUGUCACUGUCUACCUGAUACCUGUGACUUCAAUGUACAUUCGUGCUGCUCUAAUGCCAUUACACAUCUACAGUGGCCUCUUCAUCUUUACCAGUGUGAUCGCCACAGCUUUAAUGGGCAUCACAGAGAAACUCAUAUUUACCCUGAAAGACCCAGGUUAUAAGGACUCUCCACCAGAGGCCAUUUUGGUUAAUGUUCUUGGGCUUCUCAUUGCUACGUUUGGUGCUCUUGUCCUUUGGAUUGCUACUCGCCCGUCUUGGAAGAGGCCAAGGGAACAAAUCACACAAACCCUGCGCAGUGACAGCACAAGCCCAGAGGACAUCAAAGUGGGCACUGCCAUAAGCAUGAGAUCUGACCCAGAGUCCAGUGCUGAGACACGCAGACGCAGCGGAAAAACAGAAGAAUCUGGAUGAAACGCCUAAUGUAAACAAGAUCCGAAACAAAUCUAUGGAUUUAAACAAAUAUCAUCUCAAAGCAAAAAUGUAUUUUCCAAACAUAAAAGCUUCAUACAACACUAAGUAUGACCUUAUUACCAAUGAUAGCCUUUUUGUUAUUGUGGAAGUCAAAUUUAUUUUGAGUCUAUGAAGGAAUUUUAGUCUGAUGUUUGUACUGUAAUGUUUAGAAAGGUGACAGGGGUUCUGCUGUGUAUAAUAUUUAAAGCUCAAACUUGUAUUUUUUAGGUAUUUCAAAGUAUUUGCACUAUAUCAACAUUCAACACACUGUAUUCCAUUAUUACAGUAAGACUAUACUGCAUUAUUAAAGUCAUAACUUGCAGUGUUUAUAUUAAUCAUUGUCCAUUUGUAUAAACUGUCAAGAUGUUCACAAUUGUGCUGGAUAGUGUGAUUUAAUUUGCUAUUUGAAGGGACAUUUUGCAUUUCUGUAAAACUUGUACCAUUUUGUAUAUCUGCGAAGCAUAUCAAAACCAAGAUUUGUACUUCAUUUUUAUUAGCAAAAUUGUUUAUCAUUUGACAUAGAUGCUUUAUUAACAAAACCACUCAAAAUCAAAAGUCCACUCAGUGGGGCCUGGGUAGCUCAGUGAUAAAGAUGCUGGCUACCACCCCUGGAGUUCGCUGGUUCGCUCUCGGUGGGGCGUGUGGUGAGUUGUGCGUGGAUGCAAUGAAGCCUCCACACGCGUUAUGUCUCCGCGGUAACGCGCUCAACAAGCCACAUGAUAAGAUGCGUGGGUUGACGGUCUCAGACGCGGAGGCAGCUGAGAUUCGUCCUCCACCACCCGGACUGAGACGAGUCACUAUGCCACCACGAGGACUUAGAGCGCAUUGGGAAUUGGGCAUUAUAAAUUGGGGAGGAGGAGGGAGAGCGCAAGUGCACUCACUUCUGUCUUUGUGUCAUCUUGGAUUUACACUGACACCUAGUGGCUUGGAUGCAGCAUCAUUUAAAAUGAAUAGUUUUCAGUUUCAGAUGUCAUUGUAGAAAUGUAGUAUUCACAGUCAGUCAUGAUUACUUUAAUCAAUGAGUGAAAGUGUCCAAUAACAGGACGAUUACUGAGAUUAAGUGAGUAGUAUUCGGCUGGUCAUGUGAUUCUAACAUGGUAGCCCCCAUGUGUGGACCCUCUCCAUGUAGAAUAAAACAGCUUUUAUAAGA